GGAAACUUCCUACUGCCUUCAAAGUCAAAUGUGCCGUGCAGUGCUGUCACUAUUAUGCGCGCUGUCACACUAGGUACAGUGGCCACGCAAGAGACGUCCAUUCUGAAGUUGGACCAAGACUUAUUAGCCCACCGUUGCUGUACUGAAAGCAUCCCUCAACCACACACACCCGUCCUCUCACUUGCCCCAGCAUUCAUUUUGCACUUUGCUAGUAGCUUCCACCGCACAUCAUCGCUACUGCUCUUCUGCAAUUUUCCGUUCUGCUUUCUUCAUCUUCGUUCGGAGGUGGACACCAGGUCCAGCCUCUCGGCGACGCCGGAUCAGUUCUUUGUGCGGGAGGCGGAGAAGAAUCACCAGGUCCGGGCUCGCCCUCAGCGAGAACGCGCUCCCAUGUUCAGGUUACUGGGUGCACUACCAGGAUUUAUUUACGUAUAGAUAUUGCAGCCUAGCUAGCCUUCACCCCAAAGCUUGCAAUGGCGGCUGCAGUUACCAUUGGUGCUGCUGUGGGAUGGGGCGUAUCCGCAGUAGGCUGGCUCGCCUCGCCCAUUAUUUCAAGGGUCCUCAACAAAGGUUUCGCCCUCCUUGACUUUGAUGCAACGGAGAAGCUAAAGAUACUCGACAUACAAAUUUUACAGCUGCAGCGUGUGAUGGAGGUAGUCGACGAGAGUACUUACAGGGUUCGCUUGGAGCCACUGUUAGACAAGCUUAAAUCUGCUCUCUACGAAGCCGAAGACAUCUUGGAUGCUCUCGAGUAUCAGCGUCUCAAGAAGCAGAUCCAUGAUGGCAAGUCUCAAGAUGGCAGUAAGGUGGAUUCGCUGAAGAAGAAUGUUCGGUCUGUCAUGUCCAACCCCCAAAAUCAUAAGAAAAGUGGUAUGUCAAAAGUGGAGUUGAAGGAGAGCCUAGAGAAGAUAGAAAGUGCUAUAAGCGAUGCAUGUAAAGUUUUGGAACAACUGAAGUUGCUAGGUGUAAGUAAUGAUAAUGGGAGUCGAGCUAUUGCUACCAAUUCACGCAGUGCAGUCACUACUGCAGGUCCUCCGACGCGAGUAAUUGGUCGGGAUCAGGAUCGUGACAAGAUCAUAGCAAUGCUUAAUGAGAACAAAGACCAAUUCCAAACAAAUAUCGUCAAUGGUAGUGGCGGAGCCUCACCGGGACCAUUUUGGGCCCUGGUCCGGGCUUUUCAGAAAAUUCUCAGAGCAUAUGUCCUGUAUUGGUGUAGUGGACUUAUUGCUUGGUUUUAUAGAUCUGAACCAACUGAGCUAGGCUUUGCUACGGCCGAUGCUCCAUCACUUAGUGGAACUUGCUACUCUGUAAUUGGCAUUCAUGGUAUUGCCGGGUCUGGGAAAUCAACACUUGCACAAUAUGUUUAUGAACAUGAGAAAAAGUACAAGCAAGAGAAAAUGGAAGGCCAUUUUGAUAUUGUCAUGUGGAUUCAUGUUUCUCAGAAAUUUGAUUUGGAUUCCAUUUUCAGAGAGAUGUUUGAGGGGGCUACAGGGAAAGCAUGCGAUAACUUCAGUAGUCGUAACGUCCUAAAGGAAAAACUGGAGGAUGAACUGCGUGGAAAACAGAUUUUGUUGGUGCUGGAUGAUGUCUGGUAUAACAUUAAGAAUUCGGGAGAUCGUGAAGAGCUACAAAUUUUGAUUUCUCCACUUAAUGUUGGAAAGGCGGGAAGCAAAAUCUUGGUGACUAGUCGAACUGAAGCUGCAUUAGUAACUCUAGGUGCUGUAAAAGAGCGAUGCAUUCCAAUAUCUGACUUGGAUGAGAAAGUGUUCCUUGAAAUGUUCAUGCAUUAUGCACUUCGAGAUACAAGGGUAAGUGAACAUGAUCGCAGAAUACUUGAAAUGAUCGGAGAGGACAUUGCCAAAAAGCUGAAGGGAUCACCUCUAGCAGCCAGAACAGUGGGUUCACGGCUCCGUGAGACACAAACUAUUGAGUUUUGGAGGAGUCAGAAAGAUCGGGACCUUUUGAAUGACACAAUGGGAGCUCUGUGGUGGAGCUACCAAUAUCUUGAUGAGCAAGUCAGGCGAUGCUUCGCUUACUGCAGUAUUUUCCCUAGACGACAUCGUCUGAAACGUGAUGAGUUAGUUAAGUUGUGGGUAGCAGAAGGGUUUAUAAAGACUGGUAAGGCUGAAGAGGAAAUGGAAGAUGUUGCUAAGAAUUAUUUUGAUGAAUUGCUGUCGGCCUCAUUUCUGCAAUUAGGAGGGAAAGACAAGUUAUUUGAACGUGAGGUGGAUUACUUUACUAUUCAUGAUCUGUUAUGUGAUUUAGCAGAGGAGGUUGCUGGAAGAGAUUGCUUCAGGAUCGAGAAAGGCUGCACAGGAGAAGUUCCUAAAGAUGUUCGGUAUCUCUUUGUUGCGACUUAUGAUAGAGAAUUGCUUACUAAGAAGAUAUCUGGACUGCAGAACUUACGCACUCUCAUAAUCGAUGCUUACAUAGAGGUUAAAUCAAACGAGUACCAAGUCUUUGCGAGUAUGUUCACUACGUUCAUGGGGCUGCGGAAAUUGCGUGUACUGAAUUUAUGUCUCAUUGGAACUGGUCUCCGCAAGUUCUCAUUCCCGGAUUCUAUUGGUCAGUUGAAGCAUCUGCGUUAUUUUCUUUUUUGGGUGACUGCACUUACCAGGCUAACUGUACCGGCUGCUUUUACGAAGCUGUACCACAUGCAGGUGGUAGAUUUUGGCGGUUGUCGUGAUUUGGCGUUUUCUAGUAGUGAAGAUAUGAUGAAUCUCGUCAACUUGCGCUGUGUAAUCAGUGAGGCACGUCUGGAUUUUCCAGACGUGGGCAGGCUGACAUGGCUCCAAAUGUUACCGUUCUUCACAAUAAGGAAGAAAAAGGGGUAUGAGCCACAUCAGCUGAAACACCUAAACAAGCUUCAAGGCACGCUGUACAUCUGCGGUCUUGAGAAUGUUGAGAGCAAGGAGGAGGCUCUUGAAGUCAAUCUUGCAGCCAAGGAAAAACUCACAGAACUUGUACUUCAAUGGAAAAGGGGGAGCUGCAGCCCAGAAGUUCAAGCAGAGGUAGUUGAGGGUCUUUGCCCAUCGAAGUAUCUUGAACGACUAGAAAUCAGGAAUUACCUUGCUUCGGGGUUACCGAAUUGGAUUGUGGGUAUGCAUAGCGGCUCCCCAAAGAACCUCCAAGAACUUAUCUUCAGGAACUGUGGCCAGCUGGGACCUGCUGGUGACCUUGGAGCUUUCGUUUAUCUUCUUUCGCUAUGUCUUGUUGAAUGCAGCUGGGAUGCAUUACCAGGUAAUAUGGAUCAUCUCACGUCGCUCAAGAAACUGGAGAUCACAGUUUGCAUGAAUAUACGGUCGCUUCCAACGCUGCCUAUGUCUCUUGAGGAGUUUACACUCAUGUACUGCAACCGUGAGUUCAUGCGAUCUUGUACGACGGCUGCUGAUCCAAAUUGGCAAAAGAUUGAGCACAUUCCAAAGAAAACAAUUAUAAGUUCUUGAGAAAGGCCCAUACAGGAAGGUGAAGUGCUCAAGUGAAACUAUGGAUAAUGCAAAGUGCCAUCUCUGCAUGCAGUGAUGACUGAUGAACACUGAAUGUAGUUGUUUACUAUGGUGGUUCUGAGAAGAAAAGUGCGUGCUGGAGAUGACAAGUUCGUUGUGGAUGCUUGCCAGGAGCCCACCUCCACUGAUGUGGACGGAUCCAGGCUGAUGGGGUAUCGGCUGAAGCUUUUGUCACCGUCAGGCCUGCCGGCCUCCGAGAAUGCCGCUGAAUAGGAAGCCGCCAUUACUGGGUUAGCGAAGCAUGUGGAGGAGUCCUCUCGCAGUCUGAUUGAAGAUGACAUCUGGUUCAAGAUUGCGUGCCUGGAUCCUGUGCUUCGCUUGUUAGCCUACAUUGUUCCUAUUUCUAAUAAUGUACCGCAUGUUUUCUACAUUGUUAAACUUUGGGCAAUGCUUGUUUUCUCGGUGUAGUUUCUUCUACUUUUAGCUGUCUGCUGGGGUUGGCAUGCUCCCGCAAAGGUUCAUGUAAAGAACUGUGUUUGGUUUCAUUUCAAUGAAAUGGAGCCCGGGCUCGUGCUCUUUUCCUCUGAGAAAAAAUUAUGAUUGUAACAUGAUCUACCUUUUAAUUA